CUCAACUCGAUGUGGCUUAUUGCAAUUACCUUCCUCAGCGUGGGGUUUGGGGAUAUCGUCCCUAACACUUACUGCGGGAGGGGAAUCGCUGUUAGCACUGGCAUCAUGGGGGCGGGUUGUACAGCACUCCUCGUUGCAGUAGUAUCUAGAAAAAUGGAACUAACAAGAGCAGAAAAACAUGUACAUAAUUUUAUGAUGGAUACUCAGCUAACCAAAAGGUUAAAAAAUGCUGCUGCAAACGUACUCCGUGAAACUUGGUUAAUUUAUAAGCACACACGUUUGGUAAAAAGAGUCAAUGCUGGUAGAGUCCGAACGCAUCAACGAAAGUUCCUCUUGGCGAUAUAUGCUUUAAGAAAAGUGAAAAUGGAUCAGCGAAAACUGAUGGACAACGCCAAUACGAUCACAGAUAUGGCUAAGACACAAAACACUGUUUAUGAAAUAGUGUCGGAUAUGAGCACAAGAUAUGAUUCCUUAGAAGAAAGACUUAUAGGUCUAGAAGAUAAAAUAAACAGUAUUCAAGAGCAGUUCGAGUUGCUGCCAGAGAUGCUGUCGCGCUGCUUGGAGCAAUGCCAGCAAGAGUCAUCGGUGAGGGAGAGGGAAAGGCGCAACUUCCUGCACCCAGACACAGCAGCGUCGGGGCCAGUUGCGCUACCACACUCGCGCAGCGUGCCACCACCCACAUCGCCUUACCACUGGCCCGCCUCCCCUGUCCUGCCCCCCGUGUCCUCGAGGACGCCCCACCUCGUUCCCGAGCCGCUCCAUCCCAACAGCUGAGUCAUCGCCAUCACAUUGGACAAGCCAUCUGGUCGUCAGGCAACUGUCUAGCCGAUCAGUGUCAGUAAAAGACUAUGGAAAU